UGCUCAGACCCUAACUGCUCCACACCGAGCCGCUGGUGCUGCCUGAAGCAGCUAACACGCACUGACGAAACCACCUUCCACCGACACCUCAGAUGUCUCGUUGCUCCCCUCAAAUGUCAGAGACCAGUUGGAGCCCGGAGGUGGGUCCUCAGCAGCAGCAGUGAUGCGGGCUUCGUUGACAGGCUGCAGGAUGAGCGUGGGUGCGCUACUUAACGGACUGCUGGUCUCAGUGGUCGCAGCUCUGCUUUGGAAGUAUUCCAAGCUAAGUGAACAUGCUGCCCUGCUGGAGGAAGAAUUGCACAUGACACAACAGUCCCAGGAGCUAUCGCAAGCCCACAUCGAUUACCAUGUUGCCCUGCAGGCUCUUCAGGAGCAUGGCACGCACAUGGUCUGCACUGGCAAGAUGCAUACUGACCGCAUUUGCCGCUUUGACUACCUCUGCUACUGCUCUGAGGCAGAGGAGUUUGUAUUCUUCCACUCCAAUUCCUCUGUCAUGUUGCCUAACCUAGGAUCUAGACGUUUCCAACCUGCCCUGCUGGACCUGUCAUCAGUAGAGGAUCACAACACCCAAUACUUCAACUUUUUAGAGCUCCCCGCUGCAGCUUUAAAGUUCAUGCCCAAACCGGUGUUUGUACCAGAUGUGACACUGAUCCUAAACAGGUUUAAUCCGGAUAACCUUAUGCACGUAUUCCACGAUGACCUGCUCCCUGCUUUCUAUACCAUGAAACAGUAUUCAGACUUAGACGAUGAGGCUCGUCUGGUGUUCAUGGAGGGCUGGGGGGAAGGUCCACACUUUGACCUCUACCGACUUCUUAGCGGCAAACAGCCACUACUCAAAGAACAGCUCAAAAACUUUGGCAAGCUUAUGUGUUUUACCAAAUCUUAUGUGGGCUUGUCCAAGAUGACCACUUGGUACCAAUAUGGAUUCGUGCAGCCGCAGGGUCCUAAAGCCAACAUUUUGGUGUCAGGAAACGAGGUUCGGCAGUUUGCCAGGGCCCUGAUGGAGAAAAUGAACAUCACCAGAGCGGAGGAGGUAGAAAAAGAUGGAGGUAAUACAGAAGACGAAAAGGAAAAAGUGAAGAAGGAUGAUUACAUUGUUGUGUUCAGUCGAUCAACAACAAGGCUGAUACUUAAUGAGGCAGAGCUAAUUAUGGCAUUGGCCCAGGAGUUCCAAAUGAGAGUAGUCACAGUAUCCCUGGAGGAACAGUCAUUUCCUAGUAUAAUCCAGGUGAUCAGUGGUGCGUCCAUGUUAGUCAGCAUGCAUGGCGCUCAGCUUAUUACCUCACUGUUCCUCCCCAGAGGAGCUGCUGUGGUGGAACUGUUCCCCUUUGCUGUGAACCCAGAGCAGUACACACCUUAUAAAACCCUUGCCUCCCUUCCAGGCAUGGACCUUCAUUAUAUCUCCUGGAGGAACACCAAGGAGGAAAACACCAUCACCCACCCUGACAGACCCUGGGAGCAAGGAGGUAUUGCUCACUUAGAAAAGGAGGAGAAGGAGCGAAUAUUGGCCAGUAAGGAUGUUCCCAGGCACUUGUGCUGUCGCAACCCAGAGUGGCUUUUCCGGAUCUACCAGGACACGUUGGUGGACAUCCCUUCCUUUCUGGAAGUCCUCAAAGAGGGCAGGAAGACCAAGCCCAGCUUAAAGAAGUCAAAGCCGGCCAGCACAGUCCACCCAGGCCGAGUCAGAGAACCCCAAUGUCAGACCACAGUACAAACCACUAAUGAGGCUAAACUCACAGUAUCCUGGCAGAUCCCAUGGAAUCUAAAAUACCUGAAGGUAAGAGAGGUGAAGUACGAGGUGUGGAUCCAGGAGCAAGGAGAGAACACCUACAUGCCUUACAUCCUUCCACAGCACAACUACACUUUUUCAGAGAACAUUAAGCCUUUCACUACCUACCUGGUGUGGGUCAGAUGCAUCUUCAACAAGAACCUCCUGGGCCCAUUUGCAGAUGUUCUUAUGUGUAGGACCUAACAGAAACACUUUGUCCUUUAGUUGCCGUGCAGUUUCACUCAAAGGUUGAGUCAUGGUUGUUCCAGACAAUCAAUUUAGAGUUGUGAACAUCUUUAAUGAGUUUUGUCCAGAGGAGCUUGGAACAUGUCAUGGCUUGUUGUUGAACUUUUAACAGAGAUGUUUUUCUUGCCCAGCAGAGAGAACACAGGGACUUCUUAAUGAGUUACAAACUAUUUGAAGCAAAGAGAAGGAAAGUGUAUUUCAUGUUCCUACGAAAGCUAUAAAUCAUUUCUCUACUGACAAUACCAGAAUUCAGAUUUAUUUAUGUGCAGAAUAAUAUAUAACAUGUUUUUAGUAAUAGUCAAAACACUGGGUCUUUACCUUUCACAGUAUGCAAUGUAGCUUUUUUGUGGUGAGCAAGAGAGAAGAUACUUUUUUUCAUUGUUCAAUGUCUACUGUAUGUGUGAUACCCGUCUGGCUUAGUUUUCCUAUAUUAUUUAUGUACCUACAGUAUUGUUUGCCGAACUUAGCCAAUACCAAAGCAAAGUUUCCCCUCUCGGUACGCCAAUCAUAUUUGCCAUAUUACUCUCAUGUUAUUGAUCUCUCAUAUAUGCAGUCUCUAACUACAAAGAGCGGUGCAAUAUCAGAAUACUUAAGGGUGUAUUUUGUCAUUAGAGAUACUUUUCUUUAA